ACUAAUCAAAACAUUCAAAACAUGAGUUAUUUCUGCAAUUGAUUUGAAUUUGGUUUUGGUUUUUGCAUUCAAUUUGAAGAGUAAAUCACUGAUCAAUUGAUCCAAUGGUGAGAUUUGGUCGAAAGCCUUCGUGGAGUUUCCCCGACUUUAAGGCCAGACUUCCCGACCAUUACUACGAAUACCAAAAGCGACUCAACUAUCCGUCCUCUCGAGUCCACGACAGACCCAAAGACAUUGAUUAUUAUGAUUUGGUUUACAAUAAACAGAGACAUAAAGUGGAAAGAGUGGCCGACACUCCCAUUCCGGUGAUAUACCCGCCCGAAGCAGAUGUGGGUAUUUGGGGCGGAGAGGGUAUUGUCAAGGGUUAUGUCAAACCCCGCAAGUACUUCGAGGCCGGAAAAAUUCGCCCGAAAUAUUGGUUCCCAAACUUGAAGAGAGCCGUCUUCUACAGCGAAAUACUCGAUAAGUACUUCCGGACGAUAUGUACGCGAAGAACACUGGAAUUGGUUGAUAAACACUACGGCUUCGAUAGCUAUAUAUUGAGUUUUGUAACGCUUCUUUACCACGACAAAUAUAGGGAUUGUUUGAUUCCGGAUUUUAAAGAUCCAAAACAUUGCGAAGAAAUGGUCGACAAAUAUAGGGAUUGUUUGAUUCCGGAAGAAGAGGCCGAAUGGGUUGGCCUUUCAGUCAGAGACGCAAUGGUAAAGCAGAAGUUAAUUGACGCCAAAGCCAAUAAAGCUAUUCCUCUGAAGGCAACUCUAACUCAAGAGCUUAUAGAAGAACUACAAAAAAUGAAAGACAGCGGAGAACUCGAUAUCAUUAUGAAAGACGAGGACAAGACUAAUUGGUUCAAUAAAUUCAAAUCCAAAAUACCUUUCCUUAAGGCUAACCAAUAGUCUUCUCACAAACCAUCCAUUUAUAGUUAUAAUUGAAUAAAAUAUACAAAUAAUAGUCAUUUGAAUACAC